UUCAUAAUACGAGAACAGAGAAAGGGUCCCAAACAAAAAGUAAAUAAGUAUGGCGUACGCGAGCAUGCAUGUGUAUUUGGCCAAAUCAUUUCAUUAAUUUACUGCUAUUAAAACCACUACAAAACAUGAAUUUAACGACGCCUCAGAGAAAUAACAACAGGCGAAAUCAGGGCAUGGUGCGUAACCGUGCGAAUGAACAGGCCAAAACGGAAACGGUUAAAAACAAUGGCAAAGCCAUGAAGCAGAGCUAUUUAAAUUCCUGCAUCAAAGUGCCCAUAGAUCCGUGCAAUAAUUGCCCAGCACCUGUCUACAAUCGCCCAAGGCUGUGCAUGGGCAAGCAGGCGAAAGCCAAGGCGUCUAGCCCCAAGUCGUUGGACGCUGCAACGACAGCCACAUGGACGAGUCAGACGGGCAUCAGAUCAUUGGCCAAGUUCUACGACAGCAUACCUGAUUACUGUGAGGUUAAGCAUCUGCAUAAGGCGGAGUUUUAUUCUACGCUGGAGAGUCUACGCACUACAAGUCGAGAACUGCGUUCCGCUCCAGCAGAUCCAUCGAAAGAACGUUGCGCCAGCGCCACGCCCAGCUAUGGAUCCGGAAAAACAAAGCAGCGCAACGCCAAAGGCAAAAAGUUGAAAAAGAAGACACAUCCUCCUCUUCCACUUCCGCUGCCUCUGUCGACGCCUCCAUCGCCGCCUCCCCCACCAUUUUGUUUGCCCGAUGCCUGCCACAGCUCCAAUAACUGCCUGAGCGAAGAGUAUGACAAGUGUCUGCGCGACUUGAGUCGUCUGAAGAGUUUCAAGCAUGACUUUGCCAUCGAGGUGGCAGACUUUAAGCGCUCUCUCAAAAGCUUUGAGCUGGAGUUCAAGCGCAACGCCGAGCGACCCAAAUCCACCAGCAGCAAUGGCACACAGACCCAAGUGGUCAAAGAGCCAACCACGCCCAAGAUGCCAGCCAUGCAUACGGCAGAGCGCGCCAAAUGUCGCCGUGAAAUGCUGCGACGUUGCUUCAGUGUCAACGAUUUGACGUUGACGACGACUACGACACCGACGCCAAGAGCGACACCAGCUCCUGCCAAGUCGACGCCGAGGCACCAGCCAUUGAGCAAUUAUUUCCCCGUCAAGAAUGUGCCCAAAUUGCAAAUUGAAUCUCCAUCGACGUCUUCCAAACGUAGCGAAUCCGGUUCCAGUCGAGUGCGCUUGCGACGACGUCGAACCCGAAAGCCAAAGGCGGCGACAGAGACGGAGACGACGACAGAGAAGCCAAUGCCACUGCUGAGCAUCUAUGAGCUGGAACAGCUGCCGAAACGGACACCAAGCGUAUCACCUCAGCAUCCAGUGGCACGUCCCAAUCUGGCGGCCACACUGCGUGCCGAGGUGGCGCGCAAAAAGGUGAAGGAGCUGCAGAACAAUUGCACAUACCACGAUCCGAGGCCUCAGUACGAUUGGGAAGUGCGCAAGACGCCCGCUUGGAAAUCGCUAUCGCUCAAUGAAUCGCACAAGGCGCUGCUCUCCAUACGACUGGCCACACGCAAGGCGGAGCAGGCGCUGCAGGAGCGUCAAUACGAGUUGCACAUGCAGAUGAUGCAGCAGCGCGUUAAGUCCGCCCCGCUGCUUCUCGAGGGUGCCACCUACUGGGGACCCGAGGUGGGUAAACUGACGCACAGCUGCCGCAGUGAAGGCUUGCGACAUGGCUGCGAGAGCAAUAUGAAGAAGCAGCGCAAGAAGAAGUGUAGUCAUCGCUGCUCCACAGCUGCCAUGGAUGCGGAGGCGAAGCUGCAGCAGAUACGCAAAAUCUACGGUAGUCAGCAGCACAAGCCGGCGUUGACGACAUCGAUGUCACGACAAUCGCAACGCACAGAGCCACAUGACAGUGGCGACGAUUUGUGCAGCGUGGAUCGUGCGUUUCUCUAG